AUGACCUCAGUGUGGAAGAAGAGCAUCUGUUGCCCGCCCAGCUACCCUGCCGUUGCCCCUGCCUUUGCCUCUUGGCCAGACACACUGACGGCGGCAAUGGCAGUCAGUAGACGAAGUGUGGGAUGUGGGUUGCCCAGGAAGGAGUUCAAGAGAAGCGUGGCUCUGAGGGGUCUGGGGGGCGGGCAGAAGAGAUUGCAGGAGAAGGCAGGGUCGCCAACUCCCCAGGAGAGCAGCGUCCUUGGCGAAAAUGUGCAGAAGCAGCAAGCAGCCUGGUCCAGACUAGACGGCGAGCAGGGCGAGUGGGGCACGUCAGGGAAGGCAGGAGGAAAUGUGAACGACAUUACCAAUUUACUUAGAUCUGUAUGUGGAACAGGGUUCAAGAGGUGGGAACUUCAGCUUCGCAUCUUCGGCCCCAUGGUCUUCUCCGUGGUCUUUGUGGUGGGCUUGGUCGGGAAUGGGCUGGUGGUGGCCGUCUUGGGCAGGCGCCGGUGCCCCUGGCUCUUGGCAGACUGCUACCUCUUCCAGUUGGCUGUGGCUGAUGUCCUCCUGGUGCUGUCUCUCCCCUUCUGGGCUGCCCAGUUCACCAGGGGUUGGAUAUUCGAAGAGGGCCUCUGCAAGCUCUUAGGAGCCCUGACAGCCAUGAACAGCUACAGCACCGUCUUCCUCUUGGCCUGCAUCAGCAUGGAGCGCUACCUGGUGAUCGUCCACGCUGUACAGCUGUACCACCGUCGGAAGCUUCUUCACACUUACCUGGUCCUCGGCCAGCUGCCUCCUGGGGGGCGCCUGCUUGGGUCCCCUCAGCUGCGGGAGUUUCAUUUUCGCACCGUGUUCUUCAUCCCCAGUUGGGGCCAUCCAUCUGCCAUCUGUUUCGAAACCCAGGAGGCCGUAGUUCGCUUCGGGAUUAACGCUUCUCACCUUUUCCUGCUCGCUUCCUGCUGCCGGGUUCUGGUCUGCGUUUUUCUGCCACGCCAGCGACAUCUGGAGCGAGACUGUGCCCAGGAAAAUGUACUGGAUUACGGACUGUUGGUCACGCAGAGCUUGGGGCUGGCCCACUGUUGUCUCAACCCACUGGUGUAUGCCUUCGUGGGUGUCAAGUUCCGAAGGGAGCUUUCCGAGUUGUGGCACAGACGGGACGGGAGCGAGGGGCACAGACCAAAUGUCUCCAACGGGGAGUACAGCCAACCUACAGAGCACACCGCAGCCCAAGGUAUAGACUACUAUUAUUCCACCAUGAUGUGA